CACACCUGCAUGGCAACAUGGCGCAUUAGGCCAUUAUAUACAAACUUCUUCCGUAAAAUGGCUUUAAAUAUCACCACCCUGCGUCCUUUGUCUGGAGGAGCCCAUCUCCCCAGUGACAUCAGCCUCUGCGUGUUUGCUAUUGGAGCCCGCACUCCAGAGGGGUGGGACUUCCUGUAUGAGAUGUACGGCCGUUCCCCGGACACGUCAGUCAAGAGCCGCAUAAAGACGGCGCUCUCCAUCAGCCCCCUGACGGACAAACUCCACAUACUGCUGGAGGAGAGUUUUCGUGGGGAGGUUCUGAAGACCCAGGAUCUUCCCCAUGUGGUGAUCGCUGUUAGCAAGAACCCCCAUGGCUACAAGCUAGCAUGGGACUUCCUCCGGGCAAACUGGCCGGCCCUGAUCAAGAAGUUUGGGGAGGGCUCAAGCUCCAUAGCCCGCAUGGUGACUGGAGUAACGGACCAGUAGCCUACUCCACCCCACACAUGCUGAAAGAGGU